AUGUUCGGCACACUCACUACACCGGUCUUGUCACUCACACCCGACUCCCUCGCAAGUCUCGGUGAUCUCGAUGGUGACUCGUUGUCCGAGUUGUGGGGUGGUGAGUGCACAUGCGAUCCCCGUCGAUAUCCGAUUUCCCUUUGGGUCCUCACGAAUGCGCCGGUUCGGGCUCAGAGGCGUGCGCCGUGCGCACUUCACCCGCCAUGGAUACUGUCCUUUUUACCCGAAGCAUCCGGAUCAAAUCUGAUUGACAUGGAAUCUGAUUCAUUGCUCUCUACUCCAGUCUUCACCAAGUGUAAAAACUCGCUACAGAACGGAAGGCGUCUCGAGAACUUGAGCUGGCGGCUCUGGUUCGAUUCGGGGCGGCGCGAGGCGCAGUCGCCGUGCGAAGCCAAGGAGGAUCAACUCCAAUCGGCGCGCGUACACACCUGCAGAUCAGCCUCAGCAGAUCACCACAGCCUCCAACCCGGCAUGGUCACGUUCUCGAUCGACGCACAGGGCUGGACCGAUCCCGAGUGGACCGAGGCAGGAACGAGUGAUGACAGCGAGGACGAGACCGAACUGCCGUCCCGACCGGGCCGACCUCCACGAUCGUCUUCAUCCGAGAGCAGGCAGACUGUCGGUGUACCGAUCAGGAGGGGUUCUUCGCAUGCAGAAAGCUCCUCCGUCUCCCCUCUGGACGUGUUCUCAACCACAACCAAGGCCAGGUCGACGUCCGCCGGCGCGUCGCAGGGGACGCGCCCUUCGCUUUCCUCCACCGCGCGGGUUCCGUCAUCACGCGCGUCGACAACCAUCAGCGGAGGAUCAAUUCAAAGGAUUGUCGCCGGUUUUAACUCGUUGCCGCCGAUCCCUGUCCCCUCUAAAGCCCGAAGCAUCGGCAACGUGCCGCUCGCCGACUCGGCCGCGUCACCAGCCGGCACCACCUCGCGACACCCGAGCGCGCCCGAGCCCCUCGAGGUCGGCAUCCUCGCUGAGAACGCGCUUACUCUGCACUCCAGUGCUACACCACCCUCAGCGGCAUUUGCAAAGCUUUCGCCGAGAGGAGCCGUGGUUGCACCGACACAAACGACGCCUUCGUCCUCCCACCGCCCUUCGCCUGCCAUGACCCUGCGCUCGCCGCCUCCGCCCCUCCGCCCCGUGUUGGGGGCCACUAUCCCACCCACUCCGCUGGUGCAGCACGACGUCGGAUCUGUGAUCAUUGGAUCACGUGGCAUGGUCCGAUCAUCGUCGGGCAACUCAAACUCGUCGCGCAUGUCAUCGCGCAGGGUCAAGAUUGCACCCCCGGCGUCGACGAGCUCGAUCGUGACCAUAAUUUCAGCGCCUGCUCGCCCUCGCCACCUCUCGACAAGUUUGAGUGUGGCUCGAAAGGCCAGCGCGUCCUCGAUCAACGCCGCGCCUACACCUGCACCGACGCCCGCGCCUUCACUCAUGAUUAGCGCUCAGUUCACGCGUACUCCGAGCGCGAUCGGGAUGAGUUCGCCCUCGUCGCAGUCCCCUCUGCCCUCGACAUCCAUCGCUAAGUCGUCCAUCAAAGGCUUUGACACUCGCGUAGAGGAUGCUCGACCCCGCAACGGAUCGAUCGCACCUCCACCCACACCCGCCGCCCCUGCCAAAGCGGUGCUCGCGGACAGUCCCCCCAAGUCAGCGAUGAAGGGCACUUCGAGGAUCACAACCUCGGUCGCGAAACCGGUCGGUCCGACAAAGAAGCAGAUGUUCUUCAUUUUGAGCCCUGCGUCGGAUUCGGAGGACGAUUGUGGGUCGUCUCGGUCUGAACGACGUGGUAGCGAGAUGCGGAGUACACCUCGGUCCGUCGGCACCUCGGCUCUCGCGGGCAAGGGGAAAGGUCGAGAGGAAUCGCAGGCGCCGGCGAAGGAGGAGAUCGAAGACGAAUGGCACGACGAGGACGACGAUGACGACGAUUUCUCUGACGAGGGCUCUUCGUCCGGAUGGGGCAGCGAAUACUCGACCGACGAGGAGGAGACCAGCAAUCGCCGUGAUCGGGUCGACCAGAAUCAGAGAGCGCUGUUCCAGAAGCGACCAUCCGUCGUCUCGAACAAGGAUGUGCCUCUCAAAGCUCGUCCACCGGGCCUGCUCUCGCAACUCUUCCACCCCGACCUCUUACUCGGUGAAGGCGACCGGGCUCAUUCCGCCGUCGAUGUCGCUCGCACGCGCAGCAACUUGUCCAUGACCGCCGGAGGUGCACCUGGCAACUUGCUGACGACGAGUAAAUCCCAUGGCAUGCUUUCAGCCCAACGAUCCAAGUCCUUCCUCAAGGGCGCACCCGAAGGCGUUGAACUCGAGUCUUCGACUGAUGACGGAUCCGACGACGAGGUCGACGAUGCGCAACAAAAGGGGAAUGAACGCGUCGAAUCGCAGAGCAAGUUCAGCGUCCCCUUAGCGCGCCAAGCCCAGCUCCAACGCCAACUCGAAAGCGAAGCUGCCAUCGCACCCCCUCAAACCCCGAGGACUACGCGUCGGGCGAUGCUCGCGACCGAGCUGAGUGAGAGCUUGAGGCGCAACUUGUUAUGGGAACGACAGACGCGUAACCGCGUGAUGGGUGGGCAAGGUCGUGCACCGACGAUGCCGCCGACUGUUUCGACCGCGACGGCCAAAGCACAGCCUUCUGCAUCGACGACGGGGACGACGGCGCCCAAGUCCCAGGUCUCUUCUCCUGGCGUCUCGCACGGUCUCCGACCUCCGAACCCUUCCCCCGCCUCGCACGCGGCCGCACCUGGUGGUCAAUCGCCCGUACCCCCGAUGGUUCGUCGUCACACAACCGGCACGGGGCUGUACCUCAUUGCGCAACAGGACAAGCUUGACCAAACGCGCCAAGUGCCUCGAGAGCGUCGUCGAAGACGCUGCAGUGGCGAUGCGGGUCCUAUCGGUGAUGGCGACGAUACGAGCGCCAGCGUCAGUUCGGAUGAAGAGGAGGGUGCGGCGGGUGAAGAGCAACAUUUCCAUAGCAGCAUCUGGGGUCAGAGAGUGUGGUGA